AUGGCGCUGAGUAACGGCAGGAGGGACCUUCCUGCCGCCAUGAGCGCAAGGUCAGAGGAGCUAUCCUCGGUGCGCUACCAGCUCGGCCUGGUCUUCCUGGGCCUUUCAGGUUUGCCCCAGCCCGGCUGGUUGGAACGAGCUCCAGAGUAUGAGUUCAUUCUCCAGGCUGGGGAGGUGGCGAAGCGACUGCGGCCGCGGGUUCCAGCUCCACCAGUAGGUCAUGGCAUCUCCGAAGAGGAGCUGCGAAGCCUGCUCCCAGGCUCGGUGACGGCAGUCCGGGUCGAGGAGCGGACAGCAUUGCGGCUGCCCGAGCCCGUGGACUACAUCUCGGUGGAUGUCUGGGAGGAGCGCUUGGGGCUCCUGGACAGCACGCCCACGAGACGCCACGUCGGCCAAUGCUUCAUUCCUCUGGAGCCGCGCUUCAACAAGAGGCCCUGCACGUGGUCCAUCGUCAAGGACUCCAGUGAGGUUGGUUUCAUCACUUGCAGAUUCUCUCUCAGCACCACGCCAGCUCCGGUGCGGAGCCUCCACGUCGUGAAUGCGGCAAGGGCCGACGAGUUGCGUUUGGCCUGGGAGCCGCCUUCAAGCGACGGCGAUCUGCCGCUGCGCGGAUACCGGAUCGAGGCGCGAGAACCUCAAUUCGGUGGACGCAUUUCGAUGGGAGCACCCGGCGUGGGGUACUUGCCCGACGAACCCAGGACAGCAAGUGCUCCGGCAUCACCGGAGCCUUCUGUCACGCUCAAAAACUUGAGCGGAAACACGGUGUACACGAUCCGCGUAUGGGCCGUGAACGAGGCUGGUGCAGGCCCGGCGGCAGAGGUCAUCGGGCAGACAGGGCCAGUGGCUCCUGGUCUUUGUGGCGAAGCGCGCAUCGCUGUGGAAGGGGAGAUGUCUGCAUUGACCAUCGAGUGGGAGCCACCCGCGGACAACGGCGGCGCUGACCUCGUUGCAUACAGGAUCUGGCUGCGACCCGUCUUCCAGGACGGUUUGGGAGGCUUCUUUCCUUCGGAUGGCUUCAUCGACCUGGGCCUUUUCGAGCACAGGUCUAGAGGCUCUCGAACGCAGAAAGCCCCCGUGAAGCUUGACCAGCUGCCUUCCUGCUCGGGAUGCCUUUGCAGCGUGGCAGCCAUCAAUUCUGCAGGGCUUACCGGCUGUGCCUCGGAGGCUCCUGUGGUUUGGGCGAGCAACAUGGACCGGCAGAAGGAGAUCUUCGAGCUCGGCUGCGUGGCGGAGACUAGGGGGAGAGAAGCUUAG